AGGGUUAUUUCCGUAAAUAAGGAAAAUAUAAGCAUCCUCAGAAUUCUGAAGAGCUAAGCAACCAAACCAACAAGUAUCGAGAGAGAGAAGAAAAGAGUCAAGGACCAGAAGCGCCAUUGCUCGAUCUCUCCGAAGGCGGAUCGCAUCAGAAUCAUAUCAACCCCCUCGAUUUUCUUGGAAAUUACCCUUGCAUUACCCAAAUCAAAAACCCUAAUUUGCUAAUGCCCUUAGUACCUCGAUAACAUCAACGCCAAGUAAUCACUCACCUCGGCAUCCCACCCCUGCGGCUGCUGUGGAUAAUCAUAAUAGCCCUCAAUCACGGCGCGGUGGUGGUGGUUCAAGAGUAGUGUCCUCGCCGUGGACACAAAUCUUUCGUGGGGAAUCGGAGACGAUCGCGGUGGCAGCCACACCUUCUUCACCAUUGGCGAGGGAACCGAUGGUUGUGACUGAUCAACCUGCGUUGGUUGCUUCUUCAUCCUCUUCUUCGAUGACGGUGGCGGAAGAAGAGAUUUUGGAUAAUGGAAAUGGUUCCAAUGGCAAUGUGGGUAAAAGGCCAGUCUGGAAUAAGCCAUCGAAUGGGGCUGCGGAGGUUGGGCCUGUGAUGGGAGCUGUUUCAUGGCCUGCUUUGUCUGAGUCUGCUAGGGCUGCGGGGAAACCUUCUCAAGAUUUAUCCAAAGGUUUAUCUGAUGGAUCAUCGUCUGUCCCAGUUCCACAGGAAACUGGAAGUUCAUCCUCAUCUUCACAGAAACAAGUUAGCAGUAAUGCAUAUCCUAAUUCAACUCCAAAUCAUACAAUGCCAGCACGCCAGAGAUCAAUGAAGCGCAAUGGUGCUAACACAUCUUCCAACGGUGGCACUCCUCAGCCACCAGGAUCACAGCCCCUGAUAGGAGAAGUUCAUUUAAAUAACCCUUCUCCUAGGGAUCAUUCACAAAGGAAUUCACAAUCUCUAAUUGCUAAUAAUCACCCACAGCAGCAGCGCAAUUCAUUCAGGCGCAAUGGUGGGCCACAUUCACGAGGAGAUGGUUCUCACCAUCACAAUUAUGGGGGCAGACGUGAUCAAGAUCGCACUAAUCAAGAUUGGAACACUCAGAGAAAUUUCAAUGGCAGGGAUGCCCAUGUGCAGCCGCAGAGAGUUGUCCAAAGGUUUAUAAGGCAUCCGCCACCUCCACCACCACCCCCUACUACCACCCCCUUUAUUGGAUCCCCAGCAAUGCGGGCCUUUGGCAGUCCCAUUGGAUUCCAUGAAUUGUAUUAUGUUGCUGCUGGUCUACCUCCAGACCCUCUCAGAGGCGUGCCUUUUGUUGCAGCACCAAUGCCGCCUCCUCUGUAUUUUACUUCUCCAGACCCUCAGUUGCAUUCUAAAAUAGUGAAUCAGAUAGAUUAUUAUUUCAGUAAUGAAAAUUUAAUUAAAGAUACAUUCUUGCGGCAGAACAUGGAUGACCAGGGCUGGGUACCUAUUAAACUAAUAGCAGGCUUCAACAAAGUUUCUCAUUUGACUGACAAUAUCCAGUUUAUAUCGGAAGCUAUAAGAAGUUCAACUGUUGUUGAAGUACAGGGUGACAAAGUAAGGAGGCGAAAUGAUUGGAUGAGAUGGAUAAUGCCACCUUCUGUUCAGUUUCCAAGUGUUUCAGGUCACCCGACACUUGGGAGGUCCAGUCAUGACAUGCUGGCAGCCCGUGUCCAGCGUAUUUCAUUGGAGGAAAAUGCCAGUAGCCACAGCAGUGGAAGGAGUCCAGCAGAUGUUCGUAAUGAGGCCUCUCUUGGUAGAUCAUCAUCUGGGGACUUGAAAAGCCAGUCACUAGUAUCCACUACUGAAGGAACAGGUCAAGUUAGUGUACAAGGAGUUUCAACUUCAUCUACUUUAGCAAGAAAUUUGAGUAAGUAAAAUGUGUGCAAAUGCACAUUCUACUGCAACUUCUUGGUGGAAGGUGCAGAGUGAGGGUUUUGAUUACAGUGGUGGAUGUCUCGUAUUUUUUUGAUGGUAGUGGUCUUGCCUUGGCACGAUGAAACAUGAUUUCUCGUGGGGCAAUUAGAAAGACAAUUAGAAGGAAAACAAAAGAAAACAACUUUAUAAAGACAGAUGAAAAAUUAAAAGGGAAAAAUAAGAAAAAAAAAAAAAAAAGAAGAGAAAUGAGAAGAAAUGAAAAACAUUUAUUACAAGAGCUAGGAGCUUGAGUCUACUGGGAUGUAUGUAUGGUUUUUGUGGGGGGUAUUGUGUUUUCUAUCCCUUGAAUAUCGGUGGUGGCCUGUUUGGUGUCAUUAAUGGGGAAUUUUGGUUCUGCUUUCCUUCACUGCCCCUGAGCUGGUUUUUAAAAAUCUUUGGGGCCAGAUUACCUCCAAUCCUGGGGAAAACAUAUAAUUUCUGAGAGAUGGAACAAAGAAUAUGGUUAGAUUCGAGUCUGCAUAUUGUGAGGGAGGGGAGAGUGAGAGAGAGAGAGAGUAGCUUUUAUGAGAUCCUGUAGCUCAUGCUAUGUCGACUAUUGCUCUAUUUUUGGUCACAUGAUGAUCUGGCUGUUCUCUCAUCACGCAUCAUAUCUAUAAUCUGCAUUUAUAUGUAUAUCUUUUUCAAAACCUUAUGAAGAAUUCACUGCAUAAAAAUGGUCCUCGCAGAGUGAAAACCAUUGAAAUGGUGUUUGGCAUUAUAUUUAUUAUAUAUGUUAAAUUUAAGACUUGGAGAUUGUGGAUUUUGGGUUUGUUCAAAUUAUUUGAUUACAUUUAUAUUAGUUUUUGUUACUAGUAAAUAAAGUAGUGGACACA